AUGACAACACCAACCCCGCAAACCUGGACCCUCAGGCUAAAAUCCCACCGCACCACCAUCCUCCUCCACAUCGACCCCCUCCAAACCUUCAGCAGCAUAAAAGCCACCCUGCACACCGCACUGUCAGAAACCGGCCUGCAAGCCAGCGAGCACGGGCCUUGCAUCGCGCUCCCCUCGUCGCCAGACGAUAUCAAACUCGGCCGUCCCAUCGACCCGCUGGAUCCCAGCCACGGGUUUGAGUUGGGCGAGUGGGAAGAGCAAGGAGAUGAAGAUGAGGACGAGGACAGUGCGGAUGGAGAAGGCGAGGGGAAGGGGAAAGGGAAGGGGAGAGCUGGGGAGAAGAGGGGAGAGGUGAAGGAGUGUCCCAAGGGUGCUGGCUUGAAAGAUGGUGCUGUUUUGGCGUUUCGAUGGGAUGGGGAUGGGGUGGCCGUCGAUGGGAAGGGGUGGGGGGUGCAGAUGGCGAGUUUUGAGGAUGCGUAUGGGGUCGUGAACGAGGCGGAUGGGGGUGCCAGGGCGGAGUUUGAGGGGUGA